AGGCAGUGUUGGCAGUCCGUUGUGGUUUGAUGCAAUGUCUACAGUGUCUUUGAAACGAAAUUUACUAUGUCCUUCCUGAUUGAUUCGUCAAUAAGACGCUUCCAGGACCAUGCUUUUGAAUUUUUCUCUUUGUGACUAUGGUUUUAUUGGGAAGACCAACUUUUGUUUGCUAUGAAGCCUCCGCCUCAAGCUGUUUUUAACCUGUUCCCUACAUUCUUACUCCAAAGACAUGGGACGUUUGUCAUUCUUUGUGGUAUUUCUCGCUGGCGUGGCUUGUGCCGUGUUUAUUGCCUCUGUUUCUCAUCUAAUUGGAUUCCAAGCAGAAAGUGUUUGGAAGACUAAAUUUAAACACAAAACCUUCUCAGCGAUACCAGAUGAUGAUCAAAUUCGGGUAUCAGAAGACAUCCAUCUGGAAGUUGCUCUGCGAGCAGGGAGCGAUGUAAAUGUAGCAGAUAUUAAUCGCAACUCUGCUGCUGAGACAGAAGCAGAAGGGUCCUUGCAUGCUGCACUCGAAAUGAAAAGACAAGGGAAGGUUGACAAGGCUUUAAAACUAUUUGAGCAUGCGUAUAUAUUAGCACCAUUGCAUCCAGAUGUACUGAACCAUUAUGGAGAAUUUCUAGAAGACACACAAAAAGACAUCAUUAAAGCAGAUCAGCUCUAUUUUCAGGCCAUUACUUUCUCCCCGGGAAACAGCAGAGCAUUGGUGAAUAGACAACGCACUGCCCAUGUUGUUGAACGGUUAGAUCUUGCUGUUCUGCAGCGCGUUGACAGCAAGAGAGAUGAAGUGUCUGCUAUUCCAGAUCACGCUCCAGGGUUGAGAAGAGCAAAAAAAGAAGCUUAUUUUCAGCAUAUUUAUCAUACAGUUGGUAUUGAAGGCAACACUAUGACUCUUUCCCAAACAAGAUCCAUCCUAGAAACUAGAAUGGCUGUUGGUGGUAAAAGUUUGGUGGAACACAAUGAAAUCUUGGGGUUAGAUGCUGCUAUGAAAUUUAUAAAUUCAACACUAGUAAAUCGUCUUGGAAUGAUCACAAUUGAAGAUAUAUUGGAAAUUCAUCGCCGAGUUUUGGGCUACGUGGAUCCUAUUGAAGGUGGUUCCUUUCGGCGCACUCAAGUUUAUGUUGGAGGCCACAUACCACCCUCACCAACAGAUAUUUAUCCACUCAUGGAAGAAUUCAUUGUUUGGCUGAACUCAGAGCAAGCUGCCCGCAUGCAUCCUGUGAGAUAUGCUGCUCUUGCUCAUUACAAAUUGGUUGCUAUCCAUCCAUUCAGUGAUGGUAAUGGAAGAACAUCCCGGCUUCUGAUGAAUUCUAUUCUCAUGCAAGCAGGCUUUCCACCUGUCAUAAUUUUAAAACAGGACAGAAGCCACUACUACAAACAUUUGGAGAUGGCAAAUAGAGGUGAUGUUCGCCCAUUUGUGCGAUUUAUUGCUGAAUGCACUGAACGUACAUUGGAUCUCUUUCUUUGGGCCACUACUGAAUAUGAGCAUGAGUUUCCUGCCCUAGAGACCAACAAAGACUCUAGUCGAACAAUUUUUGUGAAUGAUGAUGACGCACCAAUACACUCAGAGGAAGAUAGCACUUCUAGUCCCGACCAAGUGGAUUCAUCAAGCUGCUUAAAUCUUUCCGACUGAUGACUUUGAUUAAAUAAGAGCUGUAUUGUUCAAGUGUUCAGAGAUUGUUUCAAUUUUGUCUUGUUUAGUUUUAAAAUAUUUUAAGAAUGAAAAUGCUCUGUGAUUUUAUUAUUACUGACUUAAUAGUUUUAAGUUUCUUCAAAACAUGUGGGAAAAUAUCCUUUCCGGUAGCUCUCUCUGCCUUUUCUUGUUGUAAUCUUAAAAAGUUUUGGUCAGGUGUUUUUCAGUAUUAAUGUGUAUGUUUGUUUCCCUCAGAAUACAAUCUCCUUAUUUUUAUUUGGUGACUGUCAGUGAGGGGAUUUUUGUUAGUAUUAUCCUGUUUCAUGGGGCAUAAAAUAUUUCUUGAAUAAGGAAGGCCUUUCUGUGAUAGGUGCGUCUUUUGAAAUAUUUUCAUUUUUACUAGUCUUUUGUGUUAAGUUCCUGUAAUUGAGCUGGUCUCAGUUUUGUGUUGGUGAUAGUUUUAUUUUACAAAAGAGGUGCGGAUUACAAAUGUGUUUCAGUCUUGUGGGAAAUUAGUGCUGUUAAAUAUUGGAAAAGAAUGUACAAUGAACCAGUUUCCUCGGUGCUAAACUUGGUAUCCUGUCACCUAAAUCUUUGUUCUUCCGUUAGAUUGUUUUCUUCCAAACUUCCUGACAUUUGUGCAGUGUUGCCAAUUUGUUUUAUUUAAUAACAGUAAAAAUUUCAAGGCGUUUAAAAAAAAUUGUUAUUGUUAUUAAAUGGGCAAGAAGUA